GCCUGUCUGGUUUUCUGGCGAUCUGAGCGCGCAUCGCCGAUUGCCGGCCGAUCUCAGCGUUAACCCCACUGCAUUCCGCAUCUGGCAACGAGCAAGGAAGGAGAUUCCCCAUCCGAGUUCCAAGAUGAACACUCCAGCAGCCGCCGGUACACAAGUGUAUCCACUUCUACUCCUCGUGCUGCUGCCACUAAUCGCAGUUUGGGCCACGCCCGCCAUUAGUCCGCAGUCGCAGCGUGGCAUUAUCUUUCCCAAGGAAUCCUUUGAUGAAUGCUACCUGGAUGAUCCCCAACGGACGAAGGGCACCUGCCGUCGCAUGGAGGACUGUCCCUCCGCUGUGAAAAGCUGGCUGGAGAGACGGGAAUCCCCCAAGACCUGCUACUUUGUGAAAUUCGAUCAUUUUGUAUGCUGCAAUCCGGAGACUGAAGUGCCAGAGAUAACCACCAGUGUACCGCCCACGCUGCCACCCACUCGUAAUCCAUAUACAGCACCACUGGUCCAACGACCAAGUCUUGAAGCAUGUUACGAUUACAACAACGUCAAGUUGACUAACGAGAAUGACCUGACCUUCGUGGUCUCAGUGGUGGGCGGGAAGCCAACACGUUACCGGGAAUACCCCUUCAUGGCAGCCCUGGGCUGGCGUUCCAGCUUCGAUCAACAGAUAUAUUAUCGCUGCGGCGGUGCCUUGAUCUCAAAUACCUUUAUCUUGACGGCUGCGCACUGCACCGACUUGGGCGGAGAGCCACCCAGUCAGGUUCGACUUGGUGGCGAUAACCUGACCCUAACCGAGGGCGAGGACCUGCUCAUCCGACGCGUGCUGGUGCAUCCGGAUUACAAUGCCACCACAGCCUACAAUGACAUUGCCCUGCUGGAGCUGGAGACACCGGCCAAGCCGGAACUCCGUCCAACAUGCAUUUGGUCGGAGAAGGAGCUAAUUAACUCACUGGUCACGGCCAUUGGCUAUGGACAGACCAGCUUUGCCGGCCUCUCCUCCGCCCAGUUGCUAAAGGUGCCGCUCAGGAGGGUGACCAACGAGGAUUGCCAGGUUCACUAUCAGACGGAUCAGCUAGUCGAGGGACUCCAAGGUAGCCAAUUGUGUGCAGGGGAUUUGGCCGGGGAAAAGGACACCUGCCAGGGCGACUCUGGUGGUCCGCUCCUCAUGCAAGAUGCCCAUUUGCUCUACAUCGUGGGCAUUACGUCUCUGGGACAGGGUUGCGCCAGUGGACCGCCAUCGGUGUACACCAGAGUGUCCAGCUACGUUGACUGGAUUGAGAGUGUCGUGUGGCCCACAGGAUAUACUUCGCAACCGCUACCACUACAGGACCAGAUGUCCUCGAAACCUAAGGAAAUGACAGAUCCCAAUUUCGAUCUGAGGGCAAUGAUUUAAUCUAAUUUAUUUUAAGGUUCUAUUGAACAAAAAAGA